CCAACACAAAACAUCCAGAGCUCGAUCAGUCAACCACCACGAGCCUCUUGGUCCAUCACAACCCUUGAUUCAACACUGACCCAAGCACUGACCUGCCAUCAUGGAGAACAUGAACAAGCUCAACGUCAAUGACCAGCCGCCCAUGCUUGACUGGGAGGCGCACCUCCGCGCUCAGCAGCAACAAGACCACGGUCCGACUGAACCUCCGCAGCAGAGCAACCCCUACGAAGGUCGCGUCCUCGGUGGCGCGGUCCCUCGAGAUGUCCCUCAGCUCCCUCCGCAAGCGUUCACGACGUCCGCCCAGCUCCUCGAACUCGUCGACAAGAAGGUCAACGUCUGCCUGCGCGAUGAUAAGUUCAUCCAAGGUGUCAUGCGCUCGUACGACAAUUACGGCAAUAUCGUGGUCAAGGACUCGAUCGAGAAGCUAUAUUGCCAUGCCCAGAAGCUCUUCGCUGACGUCCCCCGCGGCAUGUUCAUCAUUCGUGGAGAGAACAUCGCGAUGAUCGGCGAAAUCGAUCUUGACAAAGACGAUGACAUCCCGGCUGGCUGGACCCGUGCUGACGUUGAGGUCGUGUUCCCUCUGCAUAAAGCCGAAUCAGAGGCCCGUAAGGAGGAGGUGGAGCGCAAGGAGGCGAAUCUGGCGAAGCUCGGGUUCGUUCCGGAACAUGGGAUGGAGUUCUGAGGCGGCUUCAACUGGGGGUGACACUGUACAAUAGACCGCUCUACGGAGCUUGAUUCGGAGCCUGCGGGCGUGACGACCUCAAAUGCAUGCCCAAAUCGGGCGGGGGGG